GAGGCACUUAUUUCUUACACGACAGCAUCUUUCAUUCCGAAUACAUAAGAACACUCAAGAGGCGUAGUGAUACAGUUUUCGGAUCGGAACAAUGGUCCAGGGUGAAGUGUUUUUGUACACCUGCAACAUUCACGCCACUCCCUUCAGAUCCCUGUGAAUCCUGACUGCUCCGCCUCUCCGCAACAGGCUGCCAGUCUGAUCCGAAAGUGUAGUUCUCGGCGUUGGAAGGAAACUUGCACUAUUAAAACGGGGAGUAGGACAGAGCUCUGUGGCAGUGGGGUCCACGGGGCUUAUUUCUGGGAUUUUUAUAAUAGAAUAUCUUCGCCUUGCGUCUUAGCAGCAUUACAAGGAUUCGCCGGGUCGGGUCAGCUAAAAAGCCAUGAAGUUAUAUCCUGCCAUUGCCGCCUUACUGUGGUGCAUUGCUGCUGGCCUGACAUGGGCUGCCAAAAUCGUGAUUGUGCCUCCUAUCAUGUUUGAGAGCCACCUCUACAUCUUCAAGACUCUAGCUGCUGCAUUGCACCAAGAAGGGCAUGACACUGUCUUCUUGGUGUCAGAGGGCCGAGACGUGCCCCCAUCUGAACACUACCGCCUUCAACGCUACCCUGGCAUCUUUAACAGCACUUCAGCAGAUAACUUUCUGCAGUCCAAGAUGAAAAACAUCUUCUCUGGACGCUUGACUGCGCUAGAGCUCUUUGACAUUUUGGAACACUACUCCCAGAACUGUGACGCCAUAGUAGGCAGCAAGGCCGUGAUGUCUCGUCUCAAGGAAGAAAAGUUUGACCUGCUGUUGGUUGACCCCAAUGAAAUGUGUGGGUUUGUUAUUGCUCAUUUCCUAGGAGUGAGGUAUGCAGUUUUUAGUACUGGUCUCUGGUAUCCUGCUGAAGUAGGGGCACCGGCUCCUUUAGCAUAUGUCCCCGAGUUCAACUCCCUUCUAACAGACAAGAUGAACCUAUUCCAAAGGAUUACAAACACUGCUGUCUACCUGGUAUCCCGCUUUGGGGUGCAGUUCCUGGUGCUACCUAAGUAUGACAGGAUAAUGAAAAAGCAUAAUAUACAGCCUGAAGUCUCUAUGCAUGACCUGGUGCAUGGGAGCCGGUUGUGGAUGCUUUGCACUGAUAUGGCUCUGGAGUUUCCCCGUCCUACUCUACCUCAUGUGGUGUAUGUUGGUGGCAUCCUCACUAAACCUCCAAGCCCUCUCCCAGAGGAAUUUGAAGUAUGGGCUAACAGAGCAGAAGAAAAUGGCUUUGUGCUGGUUUCAUUUGGAGCUGGUGUUAAGUACUUGUCAGACGAUAUUGCAAAGAAAUUGGCAGGAGCACUGGCGCGUCUUCCUCAGAAGGUUAUCUGGAGGUUUUCAGGAACUCCACCAAGUAAUUUGGGAAACAAUACUAAACUUGUGGAAUGGAUGCCACAAAAUGAUCUUCUUGGUCACACAAACAUUAGAGCAUUUCUUAGUCAUGGAGGAUUGAAUAGUAUUUAUGAAGCAAUGUACCAUGGUAUUCCAGUAGUAGGAAUCCCAUUAUUUGGUGAUCACUAUGAUACAAUGACCAGAGUGCAGGCGAAAGGAAUGGGCAUUAUGCUAGAAUGGAAGAAGAUGGCAGAAGAUGAUCUGUAUGAAGCCAUUGUUAAAGUGAUAAAAGAUAACAGGUACAGACAACGUGCACAGCUGCUAUCUAACAUACACAAAGAUCAGCCUGGACACCCUGUGAGUCGAGCUGUCUACUGGAUCAGUUACAUUCUUCGUCACGAUGGAGCUGAUCACCUACGUACUUCAGUUUAUGACAUUCCUUCAUAUCAGUACUUCUUGCUAGAUGUAGCUGGUGUACUGAUAGUAGCACUCCUGGUAAUCUUCUAUGCAGUCUAUCGGAUAGUGAGACUGAUUGCUACAAGGAUUCAUUCCACCUCCACAGCAGUCAAGGCCAAUGGACAUUGUUAUAAUGGUAUACCUAAUGGAAAACACAAAAGGAAUGGCCACAUUAAACAUGAUAAGAAGGUAAAAUAGAAUAGUUUACAGUCACUUAGCCAGCUGAUGCAUAGAUUCUAUGCGAGUGACAGUACCAACAUAGAUAACAAAGUUGGUAUUUUAAAGGGAAAUAAAUGGAAGUUAAAAAAAAAAAACUUAAGUGAUCUGGGAGGCCAAAGUCCAUAUCUAAAAGUCACUUAAAAUAGUUUUUUUUGGAAACACCUUUGUCUUUCCUGUGGAAAACCUGAUUUGUUGUGGCAGAACUUAAUUGGUGAGGUGUUAUGAAUGUUGAAUCUAUUCUUGAAAAUGAGGUUAAUAUUAUAAUUUUUUUAAAUAACACUUUAUAACAUGAAACUACUUUACUGCUGAAUAUCAGGUAAAUAAAAUAAAAACCAAAUUUCUUCUUUAUUACUAUUAAACUAAUGCAAAUUAAUAUUUUUGUCAAACACAAGACUAAACAUAUUUGUUCUAUUAUUUUCUUUUACCUUUUAAUACUAAGGCCUUAAUUUGUUCACAAAGGCACCCAAAUACACCUGUCACGUACACAAGUCCAUCUCUGUGCAUGAUGUUCACACAUACUGUAUGCUUAUGUUGGGAGCCAACCAGACUUGAACAGUAAGUUCAAUUUCAAGACAAAAACUGACAUUUUGAAUGACCCAUAUAUUAGCAUUCUACUGUUCACCCUAAAAAUGUGAGAAAACACGUUUACUUUCCUUUUUCAAUUGUAGAAGCUGCAUUAUACCGUAGACACCACAAUAUUACACAUAAGCUAUCUCACUUCAUGUUUAAAGUUUUACUAUGCCUUUACAGGUGACAUUCCAAAGUUAACAUUACACUUUCAGAGGAAUACACCCCAGAAUCAUGGAAGUAGUGUUGUCAGCUGAACCAUUCAGUUAAUAAAAGAUAAGCAACAAUCUGACUUCUUCCAUGGCAUUUGUUAGUACCUAUCUCUAGUUUUUAUUUCCUCUGCAGAUUAGGUAAAGAUAAAAGAACUAGACAGAAGCAUUUCAAGCUCUUCACAUUCUAAAGUAAGUACAUUAAACUUUCAAUUUAGGUUAGGUUAUUGUAUUUCUAAUGUCGUUGCGAGUAUGCAGUGCUUCAAAAGCUCAUCUGAGUCAAUUUGGAGUUGCAGUUUCAGUCAAAAAAGUGUGUACGUGUUUGUGUAAAAUUACUUUCUUAAUAUGUUCAUGUUUUUUGUUGAAUUGUGUCCCAAGUUCUUUAAUUUAUGGUUGCUUUUUGUAUUUUAUAUACCAGUUUUAGGUAAAUGAAUAAUUAAACUGCUCUGUUUAUGCUGUGAAUGUAUUGAUAUAUGAAGAAUAAGGCAUACAUCCUGAGUAAGUUGCUUUUUGUUUUCCUUUAGUUUUAUUUUUUUUUCUGUUUUUUACAUCCAUAUAUUUUGUAUACCAAGCACAUUUUUUCAAAAGUAGUUUUAGGAAUACGAGAAUAAGUCAUAUAAAGCAGUGUGUGUAAUCUGAAUUUUACACUUAAACAAGACAUAAAGAUGUAAUAUUUUAAUAUUCAAAAGGAGAGGUGAUCAGAGGAUAUUUCUGAUUGGUAUUUUAAUAUUUUAUUAUGCUGAGUCCUACUUACAAUAAAAGUUUGUAAAAAACAAUUUAAGAAAAUUCCUGAAGGAAUUACUUCCAUGUUUUCAGCAUAUCUCUGUUAUGCUAAUAUAAUCAAAGACAAAAGAAGAAACUAUUUUUAACUAAAAUAAUUAAACACAUUUUUGUGAAUUUUACACAUUUUAACUUUCAACUAUUAUUAAAAUCAUACCUUCUCCAAAAUAUUCCAAGAUAAUGAAAAUAUAGUGCAUAUAAAUUGAAAAAAAAAAUGAAACAAGAAAACCUUUAUCACUAUCAGUUUGGAGUAAUGGCAAAACAAUUAACUAAACAUCUUACCAUCAUUACCUUGAUUACUUUCAGAUUUUUCUCAAAUGUUAGUCUCAAUUUGAACUGCGGAGAAAUAAUUUAAAAAAACAUAACCUAAAAAUCUUUUAGUGAUUGGUAUAAAUCUUUUCUCAUGCAAGAAAAUUCCACUAUUUUGCUAAAUUAUUUUCUGAUCGUCGUUCAGAAAUGAUGCAGGCAACAUGUUGAUGACUGCCUCAUUAAUUGUGUACACUGAAUAUUGACACCAGUUUUACUUGUUCUCGUCAGUUUCAGUAUUAAGUGACAUUGAGGUAAUUAAGGUUUCAUAUCGAAAAAGUUGUGUGUAAUUUUUCCAAUACCAGGUGAACAUUGUUUUACUUUGCUUGGUCUUCUCUGCGCAUUCUGACAUUCAGACAAUACCACAAGAGGUAAGUUUCCAUACCUCAAGUAAUCUCCACGGUAGCACUUGCUUCUACAAUAGGUAUAUUCAGAUGCCUAUUGCUAUUCUCUCUCAGAGAGAGACCAGGCCUAGCUAUGAAUUUGAUACAAUUUAGCCAUGAAAUCUGAAUCUUCUCAAUGAUUGUUCAAAGAAAAUCUCAACCAUGUGCUUUUUCUAUUUUUAAAUGCAGAAAAAGUCAUAAAGAAGUGUUUAUUGGUACUCAUAUUUUCCCAGUUCAAUUUAAGAUUCAGACUGCUUGCUGUUGAUGAAGAUAAUGUCUUGUGCAGUGCUAAAGGAUUUCAUUUGAUAACAAAAUUAGGUCUUAUUUGUUUUCAUUAAAUUCACGAGUAUCCUUGUCUUGAUAUUCACAGGCAAUUUAAACAUAAAAGUAAAAUUGCAAGCUAUGAUGGAGAAUGGAUUGCCUAGCCCAUCAACAAACUGCCUACCACAUACUGUAAAACAUAAGACCUUGUUGACUAUAGUUACCAUUUUAAAUAUAAUUACUGUUAAUAUAAUUAGUAUUUUUUUUAUAUAAGUACUGUUUCAGUUAAGCCACCUAAAAAGCAGUUUGUUUUCUGAAAUGUGAGUGACAUCUUUGACAAAUUGGAUGAAAAGGACAGGUUCAGACAGAAGUCAGUACAGUCAUCAAAUUUUUACGUGCAAGUUAGAAGGUGCUUGUUUGAAAGACCAGAUCCUUUUCGUGAAUGACACCUGUUCAGUGUUUUCUCAGCUAUGUCAAAUGUGUGUAUACAGUAUUUAAUUGAAAGGUCAUUUUAGCCUGUUAAUGUGAAAUAAUCCACUUGAGACCUGGGUAGUCGUGAGUUCUCCAGAAGCAGGGUGCCCAGUCUUUUGGCAUUGUGGAGCUCUCCACUUUCUGAAGAGUGGCUCUGUGUGGCUGUGAAACUGGAGUGACUGUGAAAAGCUAUUAUCGGACACUGGUGGUGUCUCAUCCAUCACAGCCACAGCAACUUGUAAGGUGGCAUAAGUGACAUUGUAAAAGGAUUGAGUUUGAUUAUCACAUACAGUAUAACAAAAGAAGAACAAGAUCAAAGAUGUAGCAAUAAGUCAGAUGUUGGGGAUGAUAUUGACUAAGAUAACUGGUUAUAAUAAAGGCACAAAAACUACAAUUUUUCUGAAUGAGUUACACUUGAUACUUUACAGUCCCAUUUCCUUUUUUCAUUAAUGCUUUUCUAAUCUUCUAGUGAAAAAUAAAAGAUGGAACAAAAUUCAAAACAGACAUAGUUAUACUACAGAUGAAACCACAAAUAAAAUACAGCUUUGAAUUGUUGCCUUUUUAACUGCAAAAAUGUCACCAUGCUGAAAUCCAGUUCAGCAUUGCUUACUCAGUGUAGUUUAAAUUCACUCUGCAAUUCAGUCUGUGGGGAUUCCUCUCAAGCCUGACAAAUACAUCAGUGCACCCUACGCACAUAGAUAUUAAUUUGCCUUUUAAGGCAAAAGAGCAGUACAUAUCAGUCCUAACAGUAAAACAAAUGCAAUAUUCUUAUAAAAAUCAUUUUUAUUCACUUACCAAAUGAGUCAGUCUUUAUUUACUGUUGUAAAGUGACUGAUGACUUUGCCCAAUUGAAGAGUUACACUGCAUUAAUCUAAUAUUUAAAGCCUCCAAGAAAUUAUGUAAAUUAAUUGCAUUAUUUGAUGCAUAUCAGCAGUGAUCAUCAAUUAGCAUUCUUAAAUUGGUUAAAUAUAUUAUUACAAGUUGUUUUUUCAGGAAAAUAUAGGUAGUCACAUUGCAAUAAGACUUUAAGAAGUUCCUCCUGUUUCUGAUUCAGAUCAAACAGUCUGAAAUCUUUAAAUGGGGAAAUAUUGAGAAAAUCCUUUGAGCUUCUGUUUGCCCCACCUUAUCAUGUUCCAUGGUGUCAUCAGGAAAAAUUAGAUUAUUGAAGCAAAAAUUAAUGUGUAUCAACUAGAACAUCAAAAACAUUGAACUUUUAUCACAGAUGCCUUCUGGAAGUUUUACAGUUUCAUCUUUACAAUGUUUUAAACUUGGGACACUUCAUUUUUGUUUCCAGACAUUUCAAAGGCAGUUGAAUUUAAUUUCACAUGUUGAAAUAUUUAAGACUGUUUACAUAGUCUUUGCACUAAUUAUUUGGAAGUUUUCUUAUACAAUAUACUGUAUCAUGACUGUUAGAGAAUAGAAAUGUUCCACAAACUAAGAAAAACAUAUAUGGCCUUUUGUGCCUCUGUGGCCUUACCUUUUGGAGUACCAUCUCACUGUGAGCCUUUUCUAUCUGUACAAAAGUGUGCAAACAGUAUAAUAUUGCAGAAAGAAGAAACAACUUUAUGUCAAUACUUGAAUAAGUGGAAAUUUAAAGAGCAUUUGCAGUUCUCUAAAACUCUUGUGUAGUAGCAUUAAGUGUGCAGAUAUAUUUAGGCUAUGAAGAGAGAGAUGGAAAAUAAAAGUAUAUGAAUAUGUCCAGAUUGGUUGUUUCCUUACAAUUUCAGUAUUAAAAGUAAAGGGGGAGUAAUUGACAUGCUGGUAAACAGCACUUUAAAGUAAAAUGUAUGUGUUGCCUUCUCUCUUUUGUAUGGAUUUACAUGGACACAAUACCUUUGUUAAAGCUGUGAGUCCUAUAGACAAUGACCGCUUGGUAGACAACAACUAAAAAGGAAAAAAAAAGAGCAACUAGUAAUUAAUGCCUUCUUUAGCUAAGCUCUGGACCAAGCACCUUCAUCUGUAGUUUACUGUAAUAUCACAGCUUUUCCACUGAAGAAUGGCAAAUGCUCCCCUUUCUGUUUGAGGUUGUCAACUUGAAGGACUAUUUUUAUUACCUAAAAGAGAAUUGUUGCUUUGUACACACUAAAGAUCCGUUAUACAAAUAUGAAUAUACGAAUGAGAAUAUUCUAAUGAUUUAAUAGGUGCUGGCCUUGUAGAUGUUUUUUCAAAUUGGUAUCUGUUGAUGUUUGUCCAUAUUGUAAAUAUACUAUGUAAUAAUAAAACUAAUGCAUAAUAAAUGUUACAUACUUCCUUUG